AUGGCAAAUUCAGACUCCGAAAACCAAAACCCUAAUAAUGACCACGACGGCCAACGUCCCUCUAAUGUCACCGUCGACGACGAACCCGAACCCGACGAAGUCGAUGACGACGAAGACGAGGAAGGCGAAGACGAAGACGACCAAGAGCCAUCUCUGCCACGAAAUCCCCUCUCCGAGGAGGCACGGUUGCGUGCGGAGAAGUCCAAACUGGAGAACCUGGUCCACCGGAUGUCGACCGAGCGAGUCGAUCUGAGGGUCCACGAUGUUCUGAUCAAGGGCAACACGAAGACUAAGGAGCACUUGAUCGAGGUCGAAUUGGAGGGGAUUAAGAAGGCUACCACCAUGCAAGAGCUGCUCGAGGCCGCUGGGAUUGCCAAUGCGAAGCUUCAGCAGCUGGAGAUAUUUGAUUCGGUUCGGAUCACUCUUGAUUCAGGCCCGCCGGAGCUUCCUGGAACUGCCAAUGUAAUUGUGGAGGUCGUUGAGACCAAGAGCCCCAUUUCCGGCGAAAUCGGUGCUUACACGAAGCCGGCGGCUAGGUCUUGGACAGCUGAAGGAUCAGUUAAGUUCAAAAAUCUGCUUGGAUAUGGGGAUUUGUGGGAUGGUUCUUUGGCAUAUGGUCCCAGCCAAACAUCGGAGUUAAGUGCCGGUGUGUUUUUGCCCAGAUUCAAAGGUUUUUUAACUCCUGUGACGGCACGCGCGUUCCUGCUUUCCCAAGAUUGGCUGGAGUUCUCUUCUUAUAAAGAGCGCAUGUUGGGGCUCUCUCUUGGCUUAUUUUCAUCCAAGCACCAUGAUUUGGUAUACAAUCUUGGUUGGCGUACUCUGGCAGAUCCAUCACAAAUGGCCUCUAGGUCAAUAAGAAGGCAGCUCGGUCAUGGCUUACUUUCAUCUAUCAAGUACACUUUUAAGAUUGACAGAAGAAAUUCCACUUUGAGGCCAACUCAAGGUUAUUCAUUUGUUUCUUCUAGUCACAUUGGUGGCAUUUCACCUGAUCAUCGGAGUAUGCGGUUCUUGCGGCAGGAGUUUGAUCUUCGUUUUGCCGUCCCAUUUGGAUUUUAUCAUGCUGCACUUAACUUCGGGAUCUCCGCAGGAGUAAUUUUUCCAUGGGGGACCGGAUUCUUGAACAAGCCCUCAUCCCUUCCAGAGCGGUUCUUCUUGGGUGGUGAUUUCUCUCCAGUUUGCACUGUGGGUGGCCCUACGACAGUGUGGGGAUUCAAGACAAGGGGACUAGGACCUACCGAACCAAGAAGGCAUGUCACAGAUAAUUCCACUGAUGAGAAUUCAGAAUCGUCUGGAAGAGAUUCUAUUGGAGGAGAUCUUGCUGUUUCUGCGUUUGCAGACAUUUCAUUUGAUCUUCCACUUCGCUGGUUAAAAGAACAUGGGGUCCAUGGACAUAUUUUCGCAGGUGCUGGGAAUCUCGCAAAAUUGACUGAGAACGAGUUCCGGAACUUUUCUGUCCCGAAGUUCCUUCAGUCAUUUCGAAGCUCUUUAGGAGCUGGGGUUGUUAUCCCUACAAAAUUCUUCCGCCUUGAGUGCAACUACUACUAUAUACUGAAGCAAUUUGAGCAUGACCGUGGGAAGACUGGCUUUCGCUUUAGCAUCUCAGCUCCAUCAUAG